UCUUUCCUAUCUCACAGUCACCGUGAUGAUUGAUGAGACUGCAAGCCUGGAUUACAGAUUGGUAGGCGCACCCCAGGUGACUUCUGAAGGCCUGGAUACUCCCUUCAAGGGUGAAUUCUUCAACCCAAUCCAACCUGCACCAGCGCCUUUUGGAGCCCCACCCAUGAUGCUGCCACCACGACAUGACCACAUGAUUUACUUGGCAAUCUCUGAAUACACAUUCAACACAGCCAGCUGGGUUUAUCACAAGGCUGGGUACAUGAAGGUCAUCAUCCGAAAUGAACAUCUGAGGAAUCUGAUAAAGCUGGCUGCCAGUGAAUCAGCUAAAAAGUGGCGGGAGCAGAAUCUAAGGCCAGGAUGUCAGCUGUUCAAGUCUACAACUCUAACCACCAUGGCGUCCUGCUUCUCCAAUAACUUCCUGCCUCUCCUACAGCAGAUGCCCCUAAACUUCUCAACCCUUCUGCACACCAGCUCUUUCCAGAUGCUGGUCCCUCAGCUGGCCAGGACAUACCCCAACAUGGAGGUGGAACUUGAGGCAUCGCCUGAGUCUGAACCGCUCUUGACUUUCACUCCUGGGAAUGUGACCCUCUCACCAGUGAUAAAUAUCCAAGCUUUCGUCCUCCUACCCAACUCCUCUGACCACAGGCCACUCUUCCAGCUCAGGGCGAAUACCAGUGUUUCCAUCAACGUCAGUGUGAACUCCAGCAGGAUUGUUGGCUCAGUAACCACAGGAAGUGAGCUGAAGCUUCAACUGAAACAGUCCAGUGUCAGCGACAUCAAUGUGGAGCUAAUGGAAACCAUCCUCAACUACUAUGCGUUCAAUAUUAUAUACCCGGCCCUCAAUGCAAAGCUCGAGGAGGGCUUCCCACUCCCUCUGCCCAGGCAGAUCUACCUCAACAACGUGGAACUCCAAAUUCACAAAAACUUCCUGCUCAUAGGAGCUGAUAUCAAUUAGGUGAAGGAUGGAGGAGACAGGAGCGGAAGAGAACCCCAGGCUGCAGCCUCUUCCUCCAGCUCUCUGCCCCAUGGACAGCGGGCACCAAUGAACCUGUCACAUUUGAAGCCAUGGACACGGGACACUCCCAAACUUGCUCCUUUCUGUAUUCCCACACCUUCUCUUUACAGCUAUCAGUCUAACCGAGGGAGCUCAACCUGACUGCACCAAUC